AUGGAAUUGCACUUUACACUUGACAACACACAACACAACACCGAUCGGCAUAACAAUCCAGCGGCAUCGAGCAGAAGAAUUCCAUGGGACGAAUUUUUUAGCUACUAA